AUGCGCCUGCCGCGCCGGACGCCGUUUUAUGCGCCGGGGCACGAGGAGCUGCAGUACGUCCACGCGUUGCUGUAUGGCGACGCGAACGAUGUUGCGGCUCUGCAGAGCGCGCUCAAGAUUACACGGCUUUGGAUGGCGCGCGCAGCGUGCCCCCAGGCCGUAGAGGCGACAUCGCUGCUCGUGCAGGCGCGCCUCCUCGACGGCCUCGCGGGGGAGAGCGAGGGCACACGCGCGGCGUACGCCAUGGGCCUCGUGCGCUUCGUGAACUCGAUUGUCGAUACGUUCCAGACCGGCAUGUUUGCGCAGUCCAUCGGCGCGAUUGCCGACCGCAUCGGCCUGCCGCAGUGGCUCGUCCAAGUCCGGCACUUUGCGACGCACGAAGAGCUACCGAGCAUGGCUGUAUGCCGCGAGGCAUGCACCAUGGCCCUUGCAUGGCUCGACCAGCACUAUUGGCAGCCGACGCUCUCGCCGUCGCACGAGCCGGCCGCCGACGUGCUCGACGACGACGAGCCCCGCCGCGAAGCCGCUGCCGCCGCCGCACAGCUGCUGCAUACCUACCGCAUACAGGCGCACGCACUCGCACGCGACCGUUCGCUAGCCUUGCGUGGUGCGCCGCCGCUCGUCAAGACUGUCGGCGACCUCGAGCAGUGGGUGCAGGCCGAGACGGCACGGCGCCUUGCGCUCGCCUCGGACGGCAGCACGCUGCUUGCAGGCAGCGCGCCGCGCGGCGAGGAGCACGGCGAAACGUUUACAUGCACCGCGUCCGUGCUCAUGCUCCUCGUGACCCAGCUGCUGCUUCCAGGCGCCUUGAUUCCCCAGACAAAAGAGCAGCGUGCGCUGCAGGCGCGCGACGACGCGCCGCUCGAGUCGCUGCCGAGCGAGCAUACCGAGCUGUGGGACCCUCUGCUGCGUGCGAUGCACGCGGCCUUUCCGGUUUUCCUCCCCAUCCUGAUCCAGGCUUUGGCGCAGGUCGCUGGGAGCGGCACGACCGCAAAAGAAAAGUCGUACGCGGCCGUCGCGCGUGCGUGGCUUGCGCACCUUGCGCUCGACGCGCCGUACGACACGCUGCACGCGACACUCGACGUGCCCCGCUGGCGCCAAGCGCCGAGCGCCGUGGACCUCGGCAGUGCGCAGGACGACGCCGAGUCCGUGCCAGUGUGGGACGCGACGCAGAACUCGGCAGUACUGCGGCGGAUCGUGCUGCAGCACUGCAUGGAGGUCGCGUCGCCCGCGACGUGGGCGCUUGCGCAGCACCUUGCGCAAGGGCCGCUCGCCGAGCGUGUCGCGGCGCUGAUUGCACUGCACGACGCGGCGCCAGGCACCGAGCUCGACGUGCUACCCGAGAUGGAGGCGCGCAGCCGCCUGCUGCGUGGUCUCGACCGCCCGCCUCCGAUGGCCGUCGACGAGGCGCCAGCCGCGCCGAGUGCGCUGCCCGGCUGGUCGCUUGCGGCGCAGUGGCAGCCGACGCCGAUUGGGUGCGUCGACGGCGCGCGGCCGCCGUUGCUCUUGUAG